AUGGAAUUGCUGGGUCUUCUUUGCCUGGUGACAGCUUUCCAAGGUGUCCUGUCCCAGGUGCAGCUGCAGGAGUCGGGCCCAGGACUGGUGAAGCCCUCACAGGCCCUGUCCCUCACCUGCACAGUCUAUGGAUCAUUCAUCACAACCAGUAUUAGUUGGUGGCACUGGAUUCGCCAGCCCCUGGGGAAGGGACUGCAGUGGAUUGGGGAAAUAGAUCAUUCUGGAGUCACAAAACACAACCCUUUUUUGCGGAGCUGCAUCUUCAUUUCCAGAGACACAUCCAAGAACCAGUUUUUCCUGCAGCUGAGCUCUGUGACCGCCGAGGACACGGCCGUGUAUUAUUGUGCAACAGACACAGGGAAGUGGUUAUGGCAAGUGGAUGUUACUAUUGCUCCUGAAUUUGGUAAAGUGAAAUAUGCUCAUGUGUCUGUGGAUGCUUUUUCAGGCUUUAUGUGGGCAACACCAUUGGCAUCUGAGCGUGCUAAUGCAGUUAUUUCUCAUCUCUUGGAGGCCUUUGCUGUCAUGGGAAUUCCUAUACGGUUAAAAAUGGACAAUGCCCCUUCAUAUUUAUCUCAGAAAUGUGUCCUGUCUGAGCUGACACUGCAGGAGUCGGGCCCAGGACUGGUGAAGCCAUCGCAGACCCUGUCCCUCACCUGCACUGUCUCUGGGGUCUCUGUCACAAGUGCUGGUUGGAGCUGGAUCCGCCAGCCCCCAGGGAAGGGGCUGGAGUGGAUGGGAAACAUUUACUCUGAUGGCAGCACAGGUUAUAACCCGUCCCUCAAGAGCCGCACCUCCAUCACCAGAGAUACAUCCAAGAACCAGUUCUCCCUGCAGCUGAGCUCUGUGACCGCCGAGGACACAGGUGUGUACUACCAUGUGAGAGACAGUGACAGGAAGUCAGUGUGA